AUGAAGAUGUUUCUUCUAAUGUUUUUGAUGCACGAAGUAGUUACUCUGAGCUGUCCUGCAAAUGAUGCUUUCCUUGUUCCACAUGAGUGGUACCAGCCUGGACACUUCACUAUUGGUGGGAUGGCAUCUCACAUCGUUUACCACUUUUAUGAAAUGAAAUUUGAUGAAAACCCUGCUAUAACAUCUUAUGAGGCACCAAUUGUAAUCACCAAGUUCCAUCAACAUAUCCUUGCCUUGGCUUUUGCUGUGAAGGAGAUCACUGAGGAUCCCCAGAUCUUACCUAACAUCACUCUUGGGUUCCACAUCUAUGACAGUUACCUCCAUGCAAGGAUGACCUAUCGCACCACUCUGGACCUACUUUUCAAAUCCAAAGAAUUUCUCCCUAACUAUAAAUGUGAUAGCCAGAAGAAUCUCAUGGCUAUCAUUGGAGGAUUGGAUUUUGAUACAUCAUCUUAUAUAGGUGAACUUAUAGGUUUCUUCAAGAUUCCACAACUGACAUAUGGUUCAUUAGCCCAAGAUGUAUUUGAGGCCAGUAAGCUCUCUUCACUUUAUUUCAUGGUCCCAAAAGAAGACCAUCAGUACAUUGGGAUUAUCCAACUGCUUCACCAUUUCAAAUGGACAUGGAUUGGGAUUUUUGCUGUUGAUAACAACAAUGGAGAAAAUUUCUUACGUAGAAUGCAGCCCUUGCUUUCAGAGAAUGGAAUCUGCUCUUCAUUCAUAGAAAGACUUUCACAACUAAUUCAUGUGGAAGACUUCCCAGGAGUUUAUCAAACAGUCUCUGCUAUCUCCAUUAACAUGAUGAAUAGCAAAGUGAAUGCAUUUCUGGUCUAUGGAGAAUCCUGGGCAAUUAUGUGGCUAAGAUUUGUCACAUUUGUGGUAGAUCCUGAAAGCAAGGAAACUGCAUUGUUUAAAAAGGUGUGGAUCAUGACUGCACAGAUUGAUUUCAUAUUAUCAGGAUUUCAAGUCAGUUGGGAUCUCCAGAUGUUCCAUGGGGCUAUUUCCUUCACUGUUCAUUCAACAGCUGUUGUAGGUUUCAAGGAAUUUCUUCAGACCAUCAAUCCUCUUUCAGUCUUCAGAGAUGGGUUUUUGCAGGAUGUUUGGGAACAAUCAUUUGAUUGUACAUUUCCAAAACCAGAAUUACAAAAAAUGCAUAGUACACAGUGCUCUGGGCAGAAGAAGCUGGAGGAUCUUCCUGGGCCUGUGUUUGAAAUAGAAAUGACUGGUCAAAGCUACAGUAUCUACAAUGCUGUUUAUGCUGUGGCUCAUGCUUUGCAGGCUCUGUACACAUUACAUUUCAAUGGAAAAGAAGCUAUGAUGGCUAAAAAAUCUGAUCCAUCAGAUCUCCAGGCCUAUCAGGUUCUUCCAUUUUCCCGAUGCAAUGACCCAUGCUUCCCUGGAUCCUGGAAAAAAGGGAUUGAAGGGGAUCAGUUCUGCUGCUAUGACUGUGUUCCAUGCCCAGAAGGGAAGAUUUCAGAUCAAAACGAAAUGGAUGAUUGCUUUGAAUGUUCCGAAGAUCAUUAUCCAAAUAAAGAAAAGAAUGGAUGUAUCCUGAAACCGGUGGUGUUUAUAAAAUUUGAAGAAAUCUUAGGAAUUGGUUUAGCUUCAGCAGCUCUUUGUUUUUUCUCCCUGACAUCUUGGGUACUUGGAACUUUUAUUAAGCACAGGGAUACUCCCAUUGUCAAAGCCAACAAUAGGUUCCUCACCUAUAUCCUCCUUGUAUCUCUUCAGCUCUGUUUUCUCUCCUCUUUAUUCUUCCUUAGCCAACCUGAAAAGGUCAUCUGCCUUCUCCAACAACCAAUUUUUGGCAUCACCUUCUCAGUGUCUCUUUCCAGUGUAUUGGCAAAAACUGUUACUGUGGUUGUGGCUUUCAUGGCCACUAAACCUGGUUCUCCAAUGAGGAAAUGGGUGGAGAAAAGAUUGUCCUUUUCUAUUGUCCUGUCCUGUUCUCUUGUCCAAGUAUCUAUUUGUAUUCUUUGGUUGUUGACAUCUCCUCCAUUCCCUGAGUUGGACAUGCACUCAGAGUUCCCUGAAAUGAUUUUACAAUGCAACGAGGGGUCACCCUUCUUCUUCUACUGUGUCUUGGGCUACAUGGGUAUCUUGGCCAUUGCCAGCUUUAUUGUGGCUUUUUUUGCCCAUAAAUUACCCGACAGCUUUAAUGAAGCCAAGUUCAUCACCUUCAGCAUGUUGGCCUUUUGCAGUGUGUGGAUCUCCUUCUUUCCAGCCUAUCUGAGCACAAAAGGCAAAGCCAUGGUAGCUGUGGAGGUCUUCUCCAUCUUGGCCUCCAGUGCUUCAUUACUAGGAUGCAUAUUCUUACCAAAGUGCUACAUCAUUGUUUUACGGCCUGAGCUAAACCACAGGGAACAACUCAGAAAGAGGAAUUAG